AUGAUAUCAGCUAUAAUUAUUUCAUUACUUAUUGCGCUUGCAACCAUUGUCAUUACAAUUCAACAAAAUAAACUUAAUAAAGCCAAUCGAGCUAAUGAUAUAGAUAUAGCACAAAAACAACGCGAAAAAAAUUUAUUAAUAUAUAAUACAACUCGAGAACAAGAUCGUGAAUUAAAUACACAACAACCUGUUUUAAGACAAUUAGAUGGUAAUAGAAAAACUAAUGUAAUUUUAUUUUUACUUGAAUCAGGAUUAUUAACAAGUGGAAAAGAUUCAAUAAGUUUAGUUGGUGGUAACUUAAAUGGAUUUCAACUAGAUAUUGAAGAAGAUAGUAAUAAUUGUCAUUCUUACCUAUUUUAUUUAGUAUUACUAAGAACUUCACUUGCUAAUGCAUCAUUUCAAGAUUAG